AGGAUCACAGUGGUACCUCAGCUGUUCAUUCAACAUGAUGGCUGUUUGGUGUACUGCUGGGGCUUUGCUCCUUGUUUUGCUGACUGGUUUGAGUUACAGCUACCCUAUGCAGCAAGGUCAGGCCAACUCUUUUGUUGCACCAGCACAUCCAGGAUAUGCUCCAGGACCUCCCUCUAAACAAGGUAUUUCCUGGGCUGUUGCACCUCCCAGUCCCUUUUCUGCUUGAGCAUCCACAGGACCUAGCACUCAGCAGUUUGCUUCCAGUGGACCUGCCCUUCGACCACUUGGCCUUAACUUUGUGAUCCAGCCUGACUAUUUUCUGCCACAGUACCAGGCAGGGGAACUUUUCCAGGAACAGAAAAUCUUUGAGCAAGGUAACUCUGACUCUGAGAACGAAGCGCGAGGUUCCAUGCCACCACCUCGUUUUGUCUAUGCUGCACAGCCUUCACAAGGCUUUAAUGGAGGACCUGUGCCAUCAGGCCUGGUCCCCUAUCCUUACCCUUCCUAUGACUACAUGUUCCUGACUGGCCAGUAUCCUCCAGGCACGUAUACUUACACCAGUAACAGCUUUGAGCAGGGGAGAGACAGCAGGGAGGACGCUCACUACACAAGGGACAACUAUCCCAGCACUCAGCAGGCCAAGAACAUCCCUUAUAGACGUCGCACUGUCAGGCAGGCGAGUAUUGGGAGUGCAGGUCAGAGUGGCGCAGCGACUGGACAACAGCAGCCCUACAGUGGAGUUGGUGUACAAGGUUCUUACUUGCAGCCGGGUCGACACCGCCGGGGAGUGCCAAGAAAAUUCAUGCAAAAGGUUGGCUACUAGGUGAAUCUGUAAAGAUCUGUCAAUAAAAUCUUAACCUGUA